AUGGAGAGUGGAGCAGGGAAGCAUUGGACUGAGGAGGAGGUUAAAGCCUUGUUAAGCGUCUGGUCAGAAAAAAAUAUCAGAAAGCAGCUGCACGGCACGCUGAGGAAUAAAGGAAUAUUUAUCUACAUUGCUAAAAGGUUACAGGAGUUGGGAGUGUGCAGGGACUGGAAACAGUGCCGUGCAAAGUACAAAAACCUGAAGUACGAAUACAGAACGGUUAAAUAUGCCCACAACUCUGGGGAUGUCACUAAAACCAUGAAGUUUUUCCAUGAUCUGGAUGCCAUAUUGCGAUAUGAGCCUGUCACACAAUUAGCAGCAGAAGAAAACGGCAGGUGUUCUGCGACUGAGACGCAGCUGAACACAAGCCCCACAACAGACAGCACGCAAGGUGAACUACCAGUCUCUUUAGAAGAUGAUGAGGAUGCUCCAGGAGAUCCACUACUUUUUAUAUCUCAUGCCAGACCAGCUCAACUAGGUAAUCCAGCAUCAUCAGUAGAGGCUUCCAAACCAUCGGCUUUUAUUCCUACAGUAGCAAAUGAAGGAGGAAAACACUGGACUGUUAAUGAAGUCAGAGCCUUGAUACGCAUAUGGUCAGACAAAAAUAUCCAGCAACAACUGGAGGGGACAGUGAGAAAUAAAAGAAUAUUUGAACAGGUUGCUGCUAGACUGCGGAAGUUUGGAAUUGACAGGGACUGGAAGCAGUGCAGGACAAAAUACAAAAAUCUGAAACAUGAAUACAAGAGUGUAAAAAGUGCCCAAGACUCAGGGAGUACGAGUAAAAGUAUGAAAUUUUUUAACGAACUGGAUGCUAUUCUGGGGCACUGCACCAUGGAACAAGCAAGUAAAUCAGAUAAUGAUGAAAGUGAGAGGCCUCCAGAAUGGACAGAAGCAAAAUCAGAAAAAGAUUCUGCAGAAAUGCCUGGAGACACAGGUGAAGAGGAUUCUGUUAGUAAUAUGUCGGAAGACCUACAGAUUGCAGAUAUAAAGAAAGUUUCUGAUCCAGAAAUCCUUGAAGAUGACAGGGACUUUGCCAACUCCACCCCAGCACCUCUGGAAGCUACACAAAUAAAGAAGGAGAUGAUUGAUGUAGAUGAUGAUUCUAUAAGCACUACCUCAGAAGACAGAUCUUUCACGCCAGUAGCAAAACAGAUGGUUGGGACAGACAAUCACAUUCCCUUGGAAGAAGCACAAAAUCACUUUAAAGUUAUUACAGUUAAUGAUACAGGAGCAGGAAAACACUGGAGUGACAACGAAGUUAGGGCUCUGAUAAACAUAUGGUCAGAUGAAAAGAUACAACAAAUGCUUGAAGGGGCCACAAGAAAUAAAGAAAUAUUUGAGGAAAUUGCCAGAAGGUUAAUGAAAUGUGGUAUAGACAGAGACUGGAAACAAUGUCGCACAAAGUACAAGAACCUAAAAUACGAAUACCGUGCACUGCAGAAAGAAAAUGAACAUCUUGGAAAUCCCAGGAGAAAAAUGAGAUUUUAUGAUGAAGUUGACUGUAUCUUAAGAAGACAGCCGCUGGGAACCUCAAGCUGGGGAUGUGAAAGCUCAGGUCUCCUAUCAGUUUCAGUGGGAGAUGCUACAGACACAGGAUCUUUGAGUAUCAAGAGAAAAAUAUGGAAUGAUGAGGUGUCACCUGUUCCAUUUAAGAAAAGUGCUUCUGAAAACACCAUACUCCACUUCCAAAAACUAUUAACAGAGAGAGUGCACACGGUAACAGAAGGCAAAAAGUUACUGUUUGAAAGGCUUUGUAAGCAGGAAGAAAUGCAAGACCUCAACAGAACACAGCUGUAUGCUGAUCCAUCAGCCAUACAACAGUGUGCCUGUCCUUUUAGAAGAAAUACUAACCUGAGGGAAGCAGCUAGCACUGCAGAGAUGACAAACUCCAUUUUAAAUUCUGCAUGA